GGUUUAUUGAAGGACCAAACGGACAUUUCCAAACUUGGUCUGAAACCGGGCGCUUCCAUUACGGCCAUUGGAUCCGCUGGACCUAUCCUACAAGCACCUGAGAAAACCUUAGAUGUCGAGGAGGAUGUUAAAACUGAUUCAGUGGAUCGCAUACCGCCCGGCCUCGUCAACAUGGGUCAGACCUGUUAUCUUAAUUCCACACUUCAACUGCUCCGUACUAUUCAACCUCUAACAGAUGCCAUAAGCGAAUACAAACCAGAAGAAAACGGUGAUCAAUACCGUCUCAUGGCCAACAUGAGACUGUUAUAUCGUCACAUGAAUCAACUCACGGAACCAAUACCCCCCGUCCACUUUCUCCUCUCUCUCCGGCAAUUACAUUCACAGUUCGCCGAGACCGAUCAGGCCGGCUACUUCGCACAACAAGAUGCGGACGAAGCGCUCACUGUGAUUCUUGGUGCAGUCGCACAGAAUCUUCGUGGAAGUGGAUCUGAAUCCCAUCAAACGAUUGAUGAUCUUCUCGGGGUCGAGCUCACUCAUGCAAAUAUCUGCGCCGAGGCCACCACCGAAAUACCCAUCUCGGUCUCUGAAAAAGUCCUAAAGCUCUCUUGUAAUAUAUCCAUCACCACCAACUUUCUCCUUGCCGGCAUCCGUGAUAACCUGACGCAAACAAUUCAAAAAUACAGUCCGACCUUAGAAAGGGUAGCAGAUUACGAACGAAAAUCUCGUAUAUCCCGACUCCCUCCAUACCUCUGCGUCCAUAUGGUCCGUUUUUACUGGCGGCGUGAUAUAGGGAAGAAAGCCAAGAUCAUGCGUAAAGUCAAGUACCCCCUCCAGUUGGACUUGCUCGAACUAGUGACAGACGAACUCCGACCACAGCUCGCCCCGAUCAACACGGCCAUGAAACGUAUCCUAGCCGACCGGGAUGACCGGGCCCGUAUCGCCAAACGAGACAAAAGCAGAUCACUGGCUUCAUCGGAACUCAAAGCCGAAGAGGACAAUGAAGAGACGAAACGUGCCGAGGAGAAUAAGCGGGUGACUGAGGUUAUUGCGGAGCAGAAUAUAGAUCUUGGCAGAGUGGGACAAAACCCUUCUGCAUUGUACGAAUUGUGUGCGAUGGUGACGCAUAAAGGUGCGAGUGCAGAUUCAGGACAUUACAUUGGUUGGGCGCGUAAAGAUCAACCUCGGGCUUUUGUGCCAAGCGGAGAAGAGAGUUGGUACAAAUUUGACGAUGACAAAGUCUCUAUUGUCGAUGCACAAAAGAUCCUGAAUCUAGAUGGAGGAGGUCAGGAUUCAGUCGCCUACAUUCUAUUGUAUAGGAGUGUGACGGCAUGACCGAUAGAUGAAC